GGAUCCCAGAUCACUGUGGUCUUACAUGGAUAUGAGGCGGUGAAGGAAGCUCUAAUUGAUCAAGGUGAUGAAUUCCUUUACAGAGGACAUAUUCCAAUUAUUGACGAUACCCAGAAAGGAUAUGGUCGUGAUAUGCAAAGAGGCUAAACAAUGCACCAAAUUUGCCACAAGCUUGAUUGUUUUAGGAAUCUUUUUCAGUAAUGGAAACAGGUGGAAACAAAUGCGACGCUUCUCCCUCAUGACCCUGAGGAACUUUGGGAUGGGGAAGAGGGGCCUCGAGGAGAGGGUCCAGGAGGAGGCCCAGUUUCUGGUGGAGGAGCUCAGGAAAACAGAGGCUCAGCCCUUGGACCCUGUCUUCAUCCUCUCCUGUGCUUCCUGCAACGUGAUCUGCUCCGUCCUCUUCAAUGAGCGUUUCCACUACAACAAUAAGACGUUACUCUCCCUGUUGAGUGUGUUAAAUAAAAAUUUUAAUCGAAUAAGCUCUCCCUGGAACCAGAUUUACAAUCUAUGGCCAAAACUCAUAAAGCAUCUCCCUGGAGAGCACAAAGCAUUCUCAAAAAGGCUUAAUGAUGUUAAAUAUUUUAUUCUGGAAAAAGUGAAGGAGCAUCAGAAGUCCCUGGAUCAUAAUAACCCUCGAGACUACAUUGACUGUUUCCUCAGCAAGAUGGAGCAGGAGAAACAGAACCCAGAGUCUGAAUUUCACUUGGAGAACUUGACAACCUGUGGAUCAAAUCUGUUUUCAGCGGGAACAGAGACAACCAGUCUCACUCUGAGCUAUGGGUUCCUGCUCCUAAUGAAAUACCCUGAGGUUCAAGCCAAAGUUCAUGAAGAAAUUGACCGUGUAAUUGGAUGCAGCCAAAGCCCCUGCAUGAAGGACAAGAUAAAGCUGCCCUAUACAGAGGCCGUGCUUCAUGAGAUACAAAGAUACAUCACCCUCCUUCCUUCUAACAUGCCCCGUACUGUGGCCCGGGAUACGAAAUUCAGACAGUACUUCAUCCCUAAGGGCGCUACUGUAUUGCCAUUACUGUCUUCGGUCCUGUACGAUUGCAAGGAAUUUCCCAACCCAGAGAAGUUUGACCCAGGUCACUUUUUGGAUAAAAAUGGCAGCGUCAGGAAAACAGAAUACUUCGUGCCUUUUUCCAUGGGGAAACGGGCAUGUGUUGGAGAGGGCCUGGCCCGCGUGGAGUUGUUCCUGUUUCUCACCACCAUUCUGCAAAACUUUGUCCUGAAGCCCCUGGGGGAGCCAAAGGACAUAGAGACCAAACCCAUUGUUACCGGGUUUAUCAACAUCCCACAACCCUAUAAGCUGUGCUUUAUCCCUAGACAAAAGAACGUUUCUCUUUUAACAAUUUAAAUCAAAGUAAUUGCUUUUUCCUCUCAUUCCUUCUCCCACCCCAUAGUCUCUUUUCAUUUUAAAUACUGCUAGGACAGAAACACUACUCGCUAAAAGCUUGAUGGACAUUUGUUUAAACCUACAAAUCCCUUGCCAAAAAGGAUCUGGGUCCUGAAAACGCCAAGGGUAAAACAAUAUACUUAUAUCCUAUAGAGUACUUUAUAAACCAUGAUCCAGCCAAACCAGGCCCAGGCCCACAGAAGGCCUUUACUGAGACAAUUGGCAAAUAGUGGAGCCUUCACUCUCUCUGUGGCUUUGGAGAUAUGCUGAUUUUCUAUAGCUUUUCAAAAUAGAGAAAUUAAUAUAAUGGCCUGUGUGUAUUUUUUCCUAUUUCCAAUGGAAAGCACUUACAUGAUUUCUGCCACAUUCACAAAAUAAAUCCUUU